AUGGCCACUGUCUCCUGGCUCAUUGGGGGUCUCUACUACCUGAUGCACAUGGCCACCACCUUUUCCUUCCAUUUUUGCAGUCCUCGCAUCAUCCACCAGUUCUUCUGUGAAGUCCCCCAGCUGCUCAAACCCAUGUGCCCUGCAGAGGCCCGAGCAGAGGUCUGUGUUCUUGUCCUCAGUGUUAUUUUGGGUUUGGGAUGCUUUGCAUCCAUCCUCAAGUCUUAUGUCCACAGCUUCCUGGCGGUGCUGACGAUGCCGGCUACCAAGGGCCGGACCAAAGCCUUCUCCACCUGUCUACCUCACUUGGCCGUGGUCUCUCUAUACUUCACCAAGCACUAUCAGCAUCUUAUGGCCCUGGUGUUUGCUGUGGAGGAGAUCAACAAGGACCCCAGCCUGUUACUCAAUAUUUCCCUGGGAUUCCACCUCUUCAGCGUCCACUUCCUGGAGGUGAUCAGGGCCGAGAGUUCCAUGGCUCUGCUCUCGGGAAGAGCCACAACUGUCCCCAAUUACAGCUGGAUGAUCCGACUCAUGAAACAUUUUCACUGGGUCUGGAUCGGCCUCCUGGUCACCGAUGACAUUCGAGGGGAGACGUACGCUACGGUGCUAACAGAGGAGAUGGCCAAGAAUGGCAUCUUCCAUAGGAAGGAGAUUCCGGGUUUCAGGGAUUUCGAAUGGGCCCUGAACCCUCGGAAAUACCCGCAGGACAUGUUUCUUCAGUCAUUCUGGCGGUGGACUUUUGAUUGUCCAUUUGUAGAUGAUCCGGAUAGAUGUGAUUCCCUGGGACUGUGUGACUUAAACAAUACGUUGGAGAAUAGGUCCUUGGACUUCUGGGACAUGAACCUGUCUCCCCGGGUUUACCGCGUGUACAGUGCUGUAUACGACAUCACUCACGUCCUCCACCAAGGGAUCUGGGCUGAGAAGGACAUGGAGUCAUCAGAAGAAGGACCAAGUCGGAUCCCUCAUCCAUGGCAGCUUCACUUAUCUCUGAAGAACACUCAGAUCCACACCGGCGCUGGUGAGCAGGUCCAUUUGGAUGACCUCGGCUGGAGUACCAGUAGGUUUGACAUCCUGAACUGUCAGAUUUUGCAGAACGGCACCAAGGUCUACGUCAGAGUUGGAGAGUUCAUCCCCUUGGCCCCAGCUGGCCAAGAGUUCAUCAUCAAUGAGGAGAGGAUCAUGUGGGAUGGGCUAUUUUCUCAGGUAAUAAAGGAGGAGGAGGAGCAGCAGGAGGAGGAGGAGGUCAUUUCCACUGUGUCGGCCAAGACGGUCACUGUGGUUCUGUCCUUCACGGCCAUUGGGCCGGGGAGCAGAAUGAGCAAGAGGCUGGGGACCAGAGUGCCUUCCUCCAUCACCUGCAUCUGCUCCCUCGUCCAAGAAGGAAAGGCUCAAUGUCCUGCCCAUUUCACUCUUUCCCUCCUCACACAUAACCUCCGCUCCGUGUGUAGCGAGAGCUGCCAGACAGGUUUCAGGAAAACGGCUCGAGAAGGGAAAACCGCCUGCUGCCACGACUGCGUAUCCUGUGCCGAGGGAGAGAUCAGCAAUCGGACGGAUACGGAUCAAUGUGUCAAGUGUGCCGAAAAUGAAUUUCCAAAUCGUCAAAGAGAUCAGUGUAAUCCAAAAGGGGAGAUCUUCCUUUCCUACGAGAAAUCUCUGGGAAUGGUUCUGGUGUCCUUAGGCCUCUGUUUCUCUCUCCUAAGCGCUCUGGUUUUGGGGGUCUUUGUCCACGCCAACACCCCCAUACUGAAAGCUAACAACUGCAGUCUCAGUUACACGCUCCUCACUGCCCUCUUGCUCUGCUUCCUGUCCUCCUUGACCUUUGGUGGCCGCCCCGGCCUAUUCACCUGCCUCCUGCGACAGAUAACCUUCGGAGUCAUCUUUUCAGGGGCUAUUUCCGCCGUGCUGACUAAGAUAGUCACUCUGAUCCUAGCCUUCAAGGCUACCAGGCCGGGGAGCAGAAAGAGGACAUGGCUGGGGCCCAGGGUGCCUUUCUCCAUUGUCUGCAUCUGCUCUCUCAUCCAAGUGGGCAUCUGCACAGUCUGGCUGGGAACCUCCCCCCCGUUCCCUGACAGGGACAUGGCUUCUGAAGCCGAGGUCAUCAUCAUCCAGUGCAACGAGGGCUCCGCCACAGCCUUCUACUGCGUCCUGGGCUACAUCGGACUCCUGGCCCUAGUCAUCCUGAUGGUUGCCUUCCUGGCCAGGAAUCAGUCAGACAGCUUCAAUGAGACCACGUUCAUCAUGUUCAGCAUGUUGAUGUUCUUCAGCCUCUGGGUCUCCUUUCUGCCCAUGUACCUGAGCACCAAGGGCAAGGCCAUGGUGCCCGUGGAGGUCUUCUCCUUCCUGGCCUCCAGCGCCGGGCUCCUCUGCUGCAUCUUUAGGCCCAAGGUCUAUGUGAUCUUGCUAAGGCCGGACAGGAACAUCAGAGGGCGGCUCCUGGGGAGGCAGGGGAAUCCUUAA